UCUUAUUAUCUUUGAAGGAUGAAGAUUCUCUUUGCAAUAAACUCUGCACUUUUACCAUCACUCAGAAAGAAUUCAUGAACCAGCAUUGGUACCACUGCCACACCUGCAAAAUGGUGGAUGGGGUGGGGGUGUGCACAGUAUGUGCCAAGGUAUGCCACAAGGAUCACGAGAUUUCCUAUGCCAAAUACGGAUCCUUCUUCUGUGACUGUGGAGCCAAGGAAGAUGGCAGCUGUUUGGCGCUGGUGAAGCGAACACCUAGCAGUGGCAUGAGUUCCACCAUGAAGGAGUCAGCAUUUCAGAGUGAACCCAGGGUUUCAGAGAGUCUGGUGCGCCACGCCAGCACAUCCCCAGCUGACAAGGCCAAAGUCACCAUCAGCGAUGGCAAGGUUGCUGAUGAGGAGAAGCCUAAGAAGAGCAGCCUGUGCCGCACAGUGGAGGGCUGCCGGGAGGAGCUGCAGAACCAGGCCAAUUUCUCCUUCGCUCCUCUCGUGUUAGACAUGCUCAAUUUCCUCAUGGAUGCCAUUCAGACCAACUUUCAGCAGGCUUCUGCCGUGGGGAGCAGCAGCCGGGCUCAGCAAGCCCUCCGAGAGCUGCAUACAGUGGACAAGGUGGUUGAGAUGACAGACCAGCUCAUGGUUCCCACCUUAGGCUCCCAGGAAGGUGCCUUUGAGAAUGUUCGGAUGAAUUACAGCGGAGACCAGGGCCAGACUAUUCGACAGCUAAUCAGCGCCCAUGUACUCAGGCGGGUGGCUAUGUGUGUACUCUCCUCCCCCCAUGGUCGCCGCCAACAUUUGGCAGUCAGUCAUGAGAAAGGCAAGAUCACUGUUCUGCAGCUCUCUGCACUCCUGAAGCAAGCAGAUUCCAGCAAAAGGAAGUUGACGCUGACCCGCCUAGCAUCUGCCCCAGUCCCCUUUACUGUGUUGAGCCUCACUGGGAAUCCAUGCAAGGAAGACUACCUGGCUGUGUGUGGGCUGAAGGACUGCCAUGUGCUGACCUUCAGUAGCUCAGGCUCCGUUUCGGAUCACUUGGUGUUGCACCCCCAGUUGGCAACAGGAAACUUCAUCAUCAAAGCCGUGUGGUUACCUGGUUCACAGACUGAGUUAGCGAUUGUCACCGCAGAUUUUGUCAAGAUUUAUGACCUGUCUGUUGAUGCCUUGAGUCCAACCUUCUACUUUCUCCUGCCAAGCUCAAAGAUACGAGAUGUGACCUUCCUCUUUAACGAGGAGGGAAAGAACAUCAUUGUUAUAAUGUCUUCAGCUGGGUACAUCUAUACUCAGCUCAUGGAAGAGGCCAGCAGUGCCCAGCAGGGACCCUUCUAUGUCACUAACGUUCUGGAAAUCAACCACGAGGACCUGAAGGACAGUAACAGCCAGGUGGCAGGUGGUGGUGUGUCUGUCUACUACUCCCACGUGUUGCAGAUGCUGUUCUUCAGCUAUUGUCAAGGCAAGUCAUUUGCAGCCACCAUCAGCAGGACGACUCUGGAGGUGUUGCAGCUCUUCUCCAUUAACAUCAAAAGUUCCAAUGGUGGCAGUAAAACGUCUCCUGCCCUUUGCCAGUGGUCUGAGGUGAUGAACCACCCUGGUUUGGUGUGUUGUGUCCAGCAAACUACAGGUGUGCCACUGGUAGUUAUGGUGAAACCAGACACUUUUCUUAUUCAAGAAAUAAAGACUCUUCCUGCUAAAGCAAAGAUCCAAGACAUGGUCGCCAUUAGGCACACGGCCUGCAACGAGCAGCAGCGGACAACCAUGAUCUUGCUGUGUGAGGAUGGCAGCCUGCGCAUUUACAUGGCCAACGUGGAGAACACCUCCUAUUGGCUUCAGCCAUCCCUGCAGCCCAGCAGUGUCAUCAGCAUAAUGAAGCCCGUUCGAAAGCGCAAGACAGCCACCAUCACAACCCGCACAUCCAGCCAGGUGACCUUCCCCAUUGACUUCUUUGAACACAACCAGCAGCUGACAGAUGUGGAGUUUGGUGGUAAUGACCUUCUGCAGGUCUACAAUGCACAACAGAUAAAGCACCGGCUGAAUUCCACUGGCAUGUAUGUGGCCAACACCAAGCCCGGUGGCUUCACCAUUGAGAUUAGUAACAACAACAGCACAAUGGUGAUGACGGGUAUGCGGAUCCAGAUUGGGACCCAGGCAAUUGAACGGGCUCCGUCAUAUAUCGAGAUCUUUGGCAGAACGAUGCAGCUUAACCUGAGUCGCUCCCGCUGGUUCGACUUCCCCUUCACCAGAGAAGAGGCCUUGCAGGCUGAUAAGAAACUGAACCUCUUCAUUGGGGCCUCGGUGGAUCCAGCAGGUGUCACCAUGAUCGAUGCUGUAAAAAUUUAUGGCAAGACUAAGGAGCAGUUUGGCUGGCCAGAUGAGCCCCCGGAAGAAUUCCCUUCUGCCUCUGUCAGCAACAUCUGUCCUUCAAACCUGAACCAGAGCAAUGGCACUGGAGAGAGCGACUCAGCUGCCCCCACCACAACCAGUGGAACUGUCCUGGAGAGUUCUGAAACUGAGUCCCUAACCAAGCUGGACCGGCUGGUUGUGAGUUCUUUAGAAGCUCUGGAAAGCUGCUUUGCUGUUGGCCCAAUCAUCGAAAAGGAGAGAAACAAGAACGCAGCUCAGGAGCUGGCCACGUUGCUGCUGUCCCUGCCAGCACCUGCCAGUGUCCAGCAGCAGUCCAAGAGCCUUCUGGCCAGCCUGCACACCAGCCGCUCGGCCUAUCACAGCCACAAGGAUCAGGCCUUGCUGAGCAAAGCCGUGCAGUGUCUCAACACAUCCAGCAAAGAAGGCAAGGACUUGGACCCUGAGGUCUUCCAGAGGCUGGUGAUCACAGCUCGCUCCAUUGCCAUCAUGCGCCCUAACAACCUUGUCCACUUUACGGAGUCAAAGCUGCCCCAGAUGGAAACAGACUGUUUUUUUCCUAGAUGUGCCUGCUGGAAUCUAGGGAUAGUUGGCAUAUUGAUUGGGGCCCCACUUGAAACUCCCUCCCCAGAAGGAGUGGAGGAGGGGAGAGAGCCUCAGAAGCAGUUGGAAGGAGAUUGCUGUAGUUUCAUCACCCAGCUGGUGAACCACUUCUGGAAGCUCCAUGCAUCCAAACCCAAGAAUGCCUUCUUGGCACCUGCCUGCCUGCCAGGCCUAACUCAUAUUGAAGCUACCGUCAAUGCUCUGGUAGACAUUAUCCAUGGCUACUGUACGUGUGAGCUGGACUGUAUUAAUACAGCAUCCAAGAUCUACAUGCAGAUGCUACUGUGUCCUGAUCCUGCCGUGAGCUUCUCUUGUAAACAAGCUCUAAUUCGAGUCCUAAGGCCCAGGAACAAGCGGAGACAUGUGACGUUGCCCUCCUCCCCUCGAAGCAACACUCCAAUGGGAGACAAGGAUGAUGAUGACGAUGAUGAUGCAGAUGAGAAAAUGCAGUCAUCAGGGAUCCCGAAUGGUGGUCACAUUCGUCAGGAAAGCCAGGAACAGAGUGAGGUGGACCAUGGAGAUUUUGAGAUGGUGUCUGAGUCCAUGGUGUUGGAGACAGCUGAAAAUGUCAACAAUGGCAACCCCUCUCCCCUGGAGGCCCUGCUGGCAGGAGCAGAGGGCUUCCCGCCCAUGCUGGACAUCCCGCCUGAUGCAGAUGAUGAGACCAUGGUUGAGCUGGCCAUUGCCCUGAGCCUGCAGCAGGACCAACAAGGCAGCAGCAGCAGUGCCCUGGGCCUGCAGAGCCUGGGGCUGUCCGGCCAGGCACCCAGCUCUUCCUCUCUGGACGCAGGAACCCUCUCUGACACCACAGCAUCAGCUCCAGCCUCAGAUGACGAGGGCAGCACAGCAGCGACUGAUGGUUCUACCCUUCGGACCUCUCCCGCUGACCAUGGUGGUAGUGUGGGCUCGGAGAGCGGGGGAAGUGCAGUGGACUCGGUGGCUGGCGAGCACAGUGUAUCUGGCCGGAGCAGUGCUUAUGGUGAUGCCACAGCAGAGGGGCAUCCAGCUGGACCAGGAAGUGUCAGCUCAAGCACUGGCGCCAUCAGCACCACCACUGGACAUCAGGAAGGAGAUGGCUCCGAGGGAGAAGGAGAAGGGGAAGGAGAAGGAGAUGUCCACACCAGCAACAGGCUGCACAUGGUCCGUCUGAUGCUGUUGGAGAGGCUACUGCAAACCUUGCCCCAGUUAAGAAAUGUUGGAGGUGUCCGGGCCAUCCCAUACAUGCAGGUCAUUUUGAUGCUCACUGCAGACCUGGAUGGAGAAGACGAAAAAGACAAGGGGGCCCUGGACAACCUGCUCUCCCAACUUAUUGCUGAACUGAGCAUGGAUAAAAAGGAUGUCUCCAAGAAGAAUGAGCGCAGUGCCCUGAAUGAAGUCCAUCUGGUAGUAAUGAGACUCCUGAGCGUCUUCAUGUCCCGGACCAAAUCUGGAUCCAAGUCUUCCAUAUGUGAGUCAUCCUCCCUCAUCUCCAGUGCCACCGCGGCAGCCCUGCUGAGCUCUGGGGCUGUGGACUACUGCCUGCACGUGCUCAAAUCCCUGCUGGAGUAUUGGAAGAGCCAACAGAAUGAUGAGGAGCCCGUGGCUGCGAGCCAGUUGCUGAAACCACAUACUACUUCCUCCCCACCCGACAUGAGCCCUUUCUUCCUCCGCCAGUAUGUGAAGGGUCAUGCUGCUGAUGUGUUUGAGGCCUAUACUCAGCUUCUAACAGAGAUGGUACUGAGGCUUCCAUACCAAAUAAAAAAGAUCGCAGACACCAGUUCUCGAAUCCCACCUCCUGUCUUUGAUCAUUCCUGGUUUUACUUUCUCUCAGAGUACCUGAUGAUCCAGCAAACGCCAUUUGUGCGCCGGCAAGUCCGCAAACUUCUGCUCUUCAUCUGUGGAUCAAAGGACAAGUACCGCCAACUCCGGGAUUUGCACACCUUGGACUCCCACGUGCGUGGGAUCAAGAAGCUGCUAGAGGAACAGGGGAUAUUCCUCCGGGCAAGUGUGGUGACAGCCAGCUCAGGCUCCGCCUUGCAGUACGACACACUCAUCAGCCUGAUGGAGCACCUGAAAGCCUGUGCAGAGAUUGCUGCCCAGCGAACCAUCAACUGGCAGAAAUUCUGCAUCAAAGACGACUCCGUCCUGUACUUCCUCCUCCAAGUCAGCUUCCUGGUGGAUGAGGGGGUGUGUCCAGUGCUGCUGCAGCUGCUCUCCUGUGCUCUGUGCGGCAGCAGAGUGCUCGCCGCGUUGGCGGCCUCAACAGCGUCCUCCAGUUCCUCCUCCUCAGCCCCUGUGGCCUCCAGCUCUGGACAAGCCACAACACAGUCUAAGUCCUCCACUAAGAAGAGCAAGAAAGAAGAAAAGGAAAAGGAGAAAGAGGGUGAGAGCUCAGGCAGCCAGGAGGACCAGCUGUGCACAGCUCUGGUGAACCAACUGAACAAAUUUGCAGAUAAGGAAACCUUGGUCCAAUUUCUGCGUUGCUUCCUGUUAGAGUCCAAUUCUUCCUCGGUGCGCUGGCAGGCCCACUGCCUGACACUGCAUAUCUACAGAAACUCUAGCAAAUCUCAACAGGAGCUCCUGCUAGAUCUGAUGUGGUCCAUAUGGCCAGAACUCCCAGCCUAUGGUCGAAAGGCUGCCCAGUUUGUGGAUCUACUAGGAUAUUUCUCCUUGAAAACUCCACAAACAGAGAAAAAGUUGAAGGAAUAUUCACAGAAGGCUGUGGAGAUUCUGCGGACUCAAAACCAUAUUCUUACCAACCAUCCCAACUCCAACAUUUACAACACCUUGUCUGGCUUAGUGGAGUUUGAUGGCUAUUACCUGGAGAGUGAUCCCUGCCUGGUGUGUAAUAAUCCAGAAGUGCCGUUUUGUUAUAUCAAGCUGUCUUCCAUUAAAGUGGACACCCGGUACACCACCACCCAGCAGGUAGUGAAGCUCAUUGGCAGCCACACCAUCAGCAAAGUGACGGUGAAAAUUGGAGACUUGAAGCGGACCAAGAUGGUGCGAACUAUCAACCUCUAUUACAACAACCGAACUGUGCAGGCCAUCGUGGAGCUGAAAAACAAGCCUGCUCGCUGGCACAAAGCCAAGAAGGUUCAACUGACCCCUGGGCAGACAGAGGUGAAGAUUGACCUGCCCUUGCCCAUUGUGGCUUCCAACCUGAUGAUUGAGUUUGCAGACUUCUAUGAAAACUACCAGGCUUCCACAGAGACCCUGCAGUGCCCACGCUGUAGUGCCUCCGUCCCUGCCAACCCAGGGGUGUGCGGCAACUGUGGAGAGAAUGUCUACCAGUGUCACAAAUGCAGAUCCAUCAAUUAUGAUGAAAAGGAUCCCUUCCUCUGCAAUGCCUGUGGCUUCUGUAAAUAUGCUCGCUUCGACUUCAUGCUCUAUGCCAAGCCUUGCUGUGCAGUGGAUCCCAUUGAGAAUGAAGAAGACCGGAAGAAGGCUGUUUCCAACAUCAAUACACUUCUGGACAAGGCUGAUCGAGUAUAUCAUCAGCUGAUGGGACAUCGGCCACAGCUGGAGAACCUGCUCUGCAAAGUGAAUGAGGCAGCUCCUGAGAAGCCGCAGGAUGACUCGGGCUCGGCUGGGGGCAUCAGCUCCACUUCAGCCAGUGUGAAUCGUUACAUCCUGCAGUUGGCUCAGGAGUACUGUGGAGAUUGCAAGAACUCUUUCGAUGAACUCUCCAAAAUCAUUCAGAAAGUAUUUGCUUCACGCAAAGAGUUGUUGGAAUAUGACCUGCAGCAGAGGGAAGCGGCCACUAAGUCCUCCCGGACGUCUGUGCAGCCCACCUUCACUGCCAGCCAGUACCGGGCCCUAUCCGUCCUGAGCUGUGGCCACACGUCCUCUACCAAGUGCUAUGGCUGUGCCUCGGCCGUCACUGAACAUUGUAUCACACUGCUCCGGGCCCUGGCCUCCAAUCCAGCCCUGAGGCACAUCCUCGUCUCCCAGGGCCUAAUCCGGGAGCUCUUUGAUUACAAUCUCCGGCGAGGCUCUGCGGCCAUGCGGGAGGAGGUCCGCCAGCUCAUGUGCCUCCUAACUCGAGACAAUCCAGAAGCCACCCAGCAAAUGAACGAUCUGAUCAUUGGCAAAGUCUCCACUGCCCUGAAGGGCCACUGGGCCAAUCCUGAUCUGGCAAGUAGCCUUCAGUAUGAAAUGCUGCUGCUGACAGAUUCCAUCUCGAAGGAGGACAGCUGCUGGGAGCUCCGUUUGCGCUGUGCUCUCAGCCUUUUCCUCAUGGCUGUGAACAUUAAGACCCCCGUGGUUGUUGAGAACAUUACCCUCAUGUGCCUGCGGAUCUUACAGAAGCUGAUUAAACCACCUGCUCCAACCAGCAAGAAGAACAAGGAUGUCCCCGUGGAGGCCCUCACUACAGUCAAGCCUUACUGCAAUGAGAUCCAUGCCCAGGCUCAGCUGUGGCUCAAGAGAGACCCCAAGGCAUCCUAUGAAGCCUGGAAGAAGUGUCUUCCUAUCAGAGGGGUAGAUAGCAAUGGGAAGUCCCCAAGCAAAUCGGAGCUCCACCAUCUCUAUCUGACCGAGAAGUACGUGUGGAGGUGGAAGCAGUUCCUGAGUCGUCGGGGAAAGAGGACCUCCCCCUUGGAUCUCAAACUGGGCCACAACAACUGGCUCCGGCAAGUGCUCUUUACUCCAGCGACGCAGGCAGCACGGCAGGCAGCCUGUACCAUUGUGGAAGCUCUAGCCACCAUUCCCAGCCGCAAGCAACAGGUCCUUGACCUCCUCACCAGUUACCUGGACGAACUGAGCGUAGCUGGCGAGUGUGCCGCCGAGUACUUGGCUCUCUACCAGAAGCUCAUCACUUCCGCUCACUGGAAAGUCUACCUGGCAGCACGGGGAGUCCUGCCCUAUGUGGGCAACCUCAUCACCAAGGAAAUAGCCCGCUUGCUGGCCCUGGAGGAGGCAACCCUGAGCACUGAUCUGCAGCAGGGCUAUGCCCUCAAGAGUCUCACAGGCCUUCUUUCCUCGUUUGUCGAGGUGGAGUCCAUCAAGAGGCACUUCAAAAGUCGCUUGGUGGGUACUGUGCUGAAUGGAUACCUGUGCCUGCGAAAGCUGGUGGUGCAGAGGACCAAGCUGAUCGAUGAGACCCAGGAUAUGCUGCUGGAGAUGCUGGAGGACAUGACCACAGGUACAGAAUCAGAAACCAAGGCCUUCAUGGCUGUGUGCAUUGAGACAGCCAAGCGCUACAAUCUGGAUGACUACCGGACUCCUGUCUUCAUCUUUGAGAGGCUCUGCAGCAUCAUUUAUCCCGAGGAAAAUGAAGUCACUGAGUUCUUUGUGACCCUGGAGAAGGACCCCCAACAAGAAGACUUCUUACAGGGCAGGAUGCCUGGCAACCCGUACAGCAGCAACGAGCCAGGCAUCGGGCCACUUAUGAGGGAUAUAAAGAACAAGAUUUGCCAGGACUGUGACUUGGUGGCUCUCCUGGAGGAUGACAGUGGGAUGGAGCUUCUCGUGAACAAUAAAAUCAUUAGUUUGGACCUUCCUGUGGCCGAAGUUUACAAGAAGGUCUGGUGUACCACGAAUGAGGGAGAGCCCAUGAGGAUUGUUUAUCGAAUGCGGGGGCUGCUGGGUGAUGCCACAGAGGAGUUCAUCGAGUCCCUGGAUUCCACCACAGAUGAAGAAGAAGAUGAAGAAGAAGUGUAUAAGAUGGCUGGCGUGAUGGCCCAGUGUGGGGGUCUGGAAUGCAUGCUUAACAGAUUGGCAGGGAUCAAAGAUUUCAAGCAGGGACGACACCUUCUAACAGUGCUGCUGAAAUUGUUCAGUUACUGUGUGAAGGUGAAAGUCAACCGGCAGCAGCUGGUCAAGCUGGAAAUGAACACUCUGAAUGUCAUGCUGGGAACUCUAAACUUGGCCCUGGUAGCUGAGCAGGAAAGCAAGGACAGUGGCGGUGCAGCUGUGGCCGAGCAGGUGCUUAGCAUCAUGGAGAUCAUUCUGGAUGAGUCCAAUGCUGAGCCCCUGAGUGAGGACAAGGGCAACCUCCUCCUAACCGGGGACAAAGAUCAGUUGGUGAUGCUCUUGGACCAGAUCAACAGCACCUUCGUUCGCUCCAACCCAAGUGUGCUCCAGGGCCUGCUGCGCAUCAUCCCCUACCUUUCCUUCGGAGAGGUGGAGAAAAUGCAGAUCUUGGUGGAGCGGUUCAAACCAUACUGCAGCUUUGAGAAGUAUGAUGAAGAUCACAGUGGCGAUGAUAAAGUCUUCCUGGACUGCUUCUGUAAAAUAGCAGCUGGCAUCAAGAACAACAGCAAUGGGCACCAGCUAAAGGACCUGAUUCUCCAGAAGGGAAUCACCCAGAAUGCACUUGACUACAUGAAAAAGCACAUUCCCAGUGCCAAAAACUUGGAUGCUGACAUCUGGAAGAAGUUUCUGUCUCGCCCAGCCCUGCCAUUUAUCUUGAGGCUUCUUCGGGGGUUGGCCAUGCAGCACCCUGCCACCCAGGUUCUGAUUGGAACUGACUCCAUCACAAACCUGCAUAAGCUGGAGCAGGUGUCCAGCGACGAGGGCAUUGGGACCCUGGCAGAGAACCUGCUGGAGGCACUGCGGGAGCAUCCUGAUGUCAACAAGAAGAUUGACGCCGCCCGCAGGGAGACCCGGGCUGAGAAGAAGCGCAUGGCCAUGGCGAUGAGGCAGAAGGCUCUGGGCACCCUGGGCAUGACGACAAAUGAAAAGGGCCAGGUCGUGACCAAGACGACACUCCUGAAGCAGAUGGAAGAGCUGAUUGAGGAGCCGGGCCUCACGUGCUGCAUCUGCAGGGAGGGGUACAAGUUCCAGCCCACAAAGGUCCUGGGCAUUUAUACCUUCACCAAGCGGGUAGCCCUGGAGGAGAUGGAGAAUAAGCCCCGGAAACAGCAGGGCUACAGCACCGUGUCCCACUUCAACAUCGUGCACUACGAUUGCCACCUGGCAGCCGUCAGGCUGGCUCGAGGCCGGGAAGAGUGGGAAAGUGCCGCCCUGCAGAACGCCAACACGAAGUGCAAUGGGCUCCUUCCGGUCUGGGGACCCCACGUCCCUGAAUCAGCUUUUGCCACUUGCUUGGCAAGGCACAACACUUACCUCCAGGAAUGCACAGGCCAGCGGGAGCCCACGUACCAGCUGAACAUCCACGACAUCAAGCUGCUGUUCCUGCGCUUCGCCAUGGAGCAGUCGUUCAGCGCGGACACCGGCGGGGGUGGCCGCGAGAGCAACAUCCACCUGAUCCCGUACAUCAUUCACACUGUGCUUUACGUCCUGAACACAACCCGAGCAACUUCCCGAGAGGAGAAGAACCUCCAGGGCUUUCUGGAGCAGCCCAAGGAGAAGUGGGUGGAGAGUGCCUUUGAAGUGGACGGGCCCCACUAUUUCACAGUCCUGGCCCUCCACAUCCUGCCCCCCGAGAGGUGGAGAGCCAUGCGUGUGGAAAUCCUGCGGAGGCUGCUGGUGACCUCUCACGCCCGGGCAGUGGCUCCAGGAGGAGCCACCAGGCUGACGGACAAGACAGUGAAGGACUACUCUGCCUAUCGCUCCUCCCUUCUCUUCUGGGCCCUCGUCGAUCUCAUUUACAACAUGUUUAAGAAGGUGCCUACCAGCAACACGGAGGGAGGCUGGUCCUGCUCCCUGGCGGAAUACAUCCGCCACAACGACAUGCCUAUCUGCGAAGCUGCUGACAAAGUCCUGAAGACCUUCCAGGAGGAGUUCAUGCCAGUGGAGACCUUCUUGGAGUUCCUCGACGUGGCUGGCCUCCUAUCAGAAAUCACCGACCCAGAGAGCUUCCUGAAGGACCUGUUGAACUCAGUCCCCUGACGGCCCCGGAACCGCUGCUGACCCUCUGAGCUGGCUGGCCUCCGCCCUCUGUGUUCUUCCCUCCUGUGCAUCGAUCCCCACAGGACGCUACACCAGUACCCCCCUCCUCCCUCCCUCAUCUUUCUCGGAGUGGCUUGGGGUUUUUAGGCUUCCUGUUUUAUCUUGUGUGUGUGGUGCACUAGCUAUGAAGUUGUUUGUAACCCGAGCCACGGAAGGACUUGUACAUACCUAGGAGCCAUGAGUUGUCCUGGCCAACUUAAUACUUGAGUGUGCACAUCUUGAGAAAUAAACGAAUGACUUAAUACACAUUGAAAAA